GACCCAAUCAUCGCCCAAUCAUCGAUCUCGGCUACGCUCGUACCUUCCAACCCUACCCGAUCGGUCUUUCGUUGAUCAUUCCACUCCGAUGGCGGAGCAAAGCGCCGGCACAGGAUCGGCGGUGCUUGAUGAUGCACUGGCAUCUGCGAACUGCUGUCAGACUAGGAAGGACAGAAGGAAAACAGUGAAGAAGCUGAAGCGGAAGCAGUUGCGAAGGGAGGCUGCAAUCAGGGAGAAGGAGGAGGAGGAGGCGCGGCUCGCUGAUCCGGAAGAGCUGCGCAGGUUGCGCCUCAGGGAGGAGGAAGAAGCUGAGAUAGCGGAGAGGGAGCGGGCGGUGUUCGAGGAGAGGGAGAGGCAAUGGCUGGAGGCCGCCGCUGCGAGGAAGGCGGCUGAGGAGGAAGAGCAGAGGAAGAAGCUUCUGGAGAAAGCGCAGGAACAGAAGGAAAAUGAGUUGGAUGAAGACAACGAAUGGGAUUACAUUGAAGAAGGGCCUGCUGAAAUCAUUUGGCAAGGAAAUGAGAUCAUAGUCAAGAAGAAAAGAGUUAAAGUUGCAAAGGGAACUUGCAAAAAGCAACCCGAAGAGGAUGAUAACCGACCAACAUCCAAUCCACUACCACCACAAUCUGUGGCUUUUGCUUCAUACAUGGAUGGCUCAUCAGUUUCUGCUCAAGAAGUGCUUGAAAAAGUUGCCCAAGAGGUUCCAAACUUUGGUACAGAGCAGGACAAGGCUCAUUGCCCAUUUCACCUUAAGACAGGGGCUUGUCGAUUUGGAUCACGAUGUAGUAGAGUUCACUUUCACCCUGAUAAAUCUUGCACAUUGCUCAUCAAAAAUAUGUACAAUGGUCCUGGACUUUCCUGGGAGCAAGAUGAGGGGCUAGAGUAUACUGAUGAAGAGGUGGACCAUUGUUAUGAAGAAUUUUAUGAAGAUGUACAUACAGAGUUCCUGAAGUUUGGUGAACUUGUAAAUUUCAAGGUGUGCAAUAAUGGUUCCUAUCAUCUGCGUGGGAAUGUAUAUGUGCACUACAAGUCCUUGGAUUCGGCUGUACUUGCAUAUAAUAAUAUUAAUGGUCGUUAUUUUGCUGGAAAACAGAUGACAUGUGAAUUUGUCAGUGUUACAAGAUGGAAGGUUGCUAUAUGUGGUGAGUACAUGAAGUCAAAGUUUAAGACAUGUUCCCAUGGUACUGCUUGCAAUUUCAUUCACUGCUUCCGCAACCCUGGAGGAGAUUAUGAAUGGGCGGAUUGGGAUAACCCUCCUCCCAAAUACUGGAUUAAAAGAAUGAUUGCUUUGUUUGGUACUUCAACUGAAUGCCAGUAUGACAAGCUGGUCGAUUACAGAGAAUCCGAGAGGUUUCGGCGUUCAGAUAGAACACCAAGCAAAAAAAGGUUCCACUCUCGAAGGUCUGACAGUGGUGGUUCUCCUACCAAAGAGUCAGAUACUACAAGAGAUCCAUAUAGUCAUAGUUCAAUCAGGAGAGAGCAGUUCAGUAGUAGGAGAGAAGAAUAUGCAGCUUUAACUGAAAAGCAUGACAGAGACAGAGGACAUGGCAAAUUUGUCAAGAGUGGGAGAACGCGAAAUUGUGAUUCUGCUGAAGGUAACUACAAGGAGAACAACAGGGUUUCUCUGAAAAACCAUCAUAAAUACGAAGAUAACUAUUAUGAUGAUCAGGAAAGGCACAAGAUGAAACACAAGGAAUACUCGCUGAGGCGAAAGAGAGGGAAAAAUUAUUCCAUUGAGUAUGCAGAGAAUAAAUCAAGAUUUCAUGAAAAGGGAGAUGUGCAAUCUUCAGACUACACUGAUGACGACAGACAGUUUAGUGAUGACCAAUCCACUAGCCUGUCAGGUGAGAAGUCUAGUCACAAGGAUACUUUCGAUGAAGAACGAUACAAUGGAAGGCCUAGUAUGGAUGAAGAGCAUUACGAAGGAAUUGGUCCAGAGGAUCUUGGUUCCAACACACAGCACAGUGAGUGCCCCGCUAAAAGGGCAGACUAUAAUAAGUACAGGUCAUCCCGAUCUGAUCUACAUAGCGACAAUCGAAAAAGGAAACAUGAAAGUAGUAGUAGAAAGAGAACACAUUACCACCAAAAGGAUGAUAACGGUGAUAGCAGCUGUGAAGAGCUUAGCAACUUAGAGUGUGGUCAUGAAGAGUCAGGCAGGGGGAAGCACCAAAGAAACAUGAGUCGACAUACAAGUGAUGGUAGUAGUAGAAAGAGAAGACAUUACCAUCAAAAGGAUGAUAACCAUGAUAGCAGCAGUGAAGAGCUUAGCAACUUAGAGUAUGGUCAUCAAGAGUUAGGCAAGGGGAAGCACCGGAGAGACACGAAUCGACAUGCAAGCAGUCAGAGGAGGGAAAUUGGUUAAUCAAAGUAGUUAAGAUUCAUCACCAUAUGCCUUCUUAAUCCUAAAUGCAAAGAUGGUUCUCUUUGGCCUCCGUUCUCUGUAUCAUGCUGUCUUGUAUUCGCUUUUAACAUUUCUCUAGUACUUGCUGGGAGCAUCAGAAUUUGACCGGGCACUGUCUUGUGUGAUUGGACGACUGGCUUGGACUAUUUGAUUUCGCAGAAUGCUUGUGUUAACAAGUUAGGUUACUGCCGUUUACUUUGCAAGGAAGGUCAUGUUUGGUUGUGCAUGUAAACAAGCUCAAAAAGGCAAUCUUGGUGUUUUGGGUUUCGAGAAAGCUUUUAUGGCCUUGGUGGAUGGUAUAAAAGGGCCCGAAUUUACUCACAACACAACCAUCUCAUUGUCACAAAAAAUUGGAUUCCAUCUUUUUGAAGUGCUAGGUGUUUUUGUAUUUUGAUGA